UAGCACGCAGUUCCACAACGUGCCUGAGCAGCAGACUUUUCUUUCUGGUUUCCAGUGUGCAAAAGAGCCGCUUCUUCAGUGGAAAUAUCUGAACCAUAAUGGCAGAAACACAAGAAGAGAUGACCUCCCUUGAGAUGAAAGUGGCACGCCAAGUAGAGUAUUACUUUGGGGAUCACAAUCUCCCAAGAGACAAGUUUCUCAAGGAGCAGGUCCUGCUUGAUGAUGGCUGGGUGACAUUGGAGACCAUGCUUAGAUUCAACAGAUUAAAGACGUUAACUACAGACAGCAGCGUCGUCGUUUCGGCUCUCCAGAAAUCAAAGACAGGCCUGUUGGAGAUCAGCGAGGACAAGACUAAAAUCAGGAGGUCUCCAGACAAACCCUUACCAGAAAUGAAUGAGGAAUACAGAGAUGGACUCAAACACAGAUCUGUUUAUAUUAAAGGAUUUCCUCUUCAAUCUACUCUUGAUGAGAUCCAGGAGUGGCUGAAUGGAAAAGGCAACAUAGAAAACAUCCAGAUGAGGAGAAACCUGGAAAGGCAGUUUAAGGGAUCUGUGUUUAUCUGCUUUGACUCUGAAGAGUCAUCCAAGCAGUUCUUGGAACGUUCUGAUAUAAAAACAUUCAAAGACAACGAGAUGAUUGUGUUGUCAAGGGAAGAUUAUCACGCAAAGAAAGCAGAAGAAAGAAAACAUUUCAAAGCAGAGACAAAGGCAAAAGCCAGACAGGAAAAAGAGCAGAAUCAAAAACAGGCUGAGGAAAAAGAAAUGGGUUUGCUCCUGGAUGAACAGACCGGUUGCUUAUUAAAGUUCUCUGGAGAUCUUGAAAAUGUGUCAAGAGAGGACUUUCAUGAAGUGUUUUCUGGGCACGGAAAGAUAAAAUGGGUUGACUUCACAAGAGGGGCCAAAGAGGGCACCCUGCUUUUCGACGGGAACGCAAAAGAAGCUUUUGAAAAGGCGAAAGAGGCGAACGGAGGGGAGCUGAAGAUGAAGGACGGCACGGUAACCUGGCAGGUGCUUGAGGGAGACGAGGAGAAAGAGACGCUGAAGAAGAUUGUUGAAGCUCAGCAAGGAUCGUUCAGCCGAUCAAAGGGCCGAGGUGGAAGAGGAAGAGGAGGCGGCAGAGGAAGAGGAGGCCGAAGGGGAAGAGGUGGAAGAGAUCAAGGCCGAAGUAAUGUCCAAGGAAAGAAGAUAAAAUUUGACAGUGAUGAUGAAGAGGAGGCCCCUGCAGCCCCAAAGAGGGAGCUCAAAGAUGCUGAUGGUCCUCCAGCCAAGAUAAUCAAAACUGAAAAUGGAUCUUAAUAAUGACAAUGUUCAGUUUUUCUUUUCUUUUUUGUAGUAAAAACAUUUAUUAUUAAUAUUGAAUAUGUAGAGGCAACUUAAAUCCAUUCCAGAAAAAGCUUUUCAGGUUUUGGAGAACCGUAUGAAGUCCACCUGGAUGUCAACCUAAAAGAAGCAAAAAAUAAGAAAAACUCAUUUUCAAAGCUUAUAUUUAGUUUUCAGCUUUUUAAAGUCUAUGUUGUGCCUCUCAUUAUUAUUUGUGUACAUUGUGUCAUUUAAAGAUGUUUUGAUUUUAACAUAUUAAUCAGACAACUGCUUUUGACAGCAAUUUAAUUUCUCCAGAAAUUAUUUUUAGUUUUUUUUCUUCUAGGACCUGUGUGACACCUUGAAUCAGUGUGCCAAUGUUUUCUUUGCAGAUUUCCUACAGAUUGAUGCAAAUGUGCACUGAAUAUUUUCAGUUUGCAUCUGUAAACGGCCAAUAAAACAUUUAUAAAAUCAAA